UGUCAAUUGUGUAUUUUUAGUCGAGUAGUAAAAAGGCAGAAAAUCGCAUUGCAAUAUAAAAUCAACGCGGAAAAUUUUCAAUUUUAAUAUUCUAUGUAUCUACUAAACAUAGAAAGAUAAAAAAAAAAAAAACAAAAAGUUUGGUUGUAAAUAUUUUUAAAAGACGACAAUUUAAGUUGUGGAAAGAUUAUUGAGUACAUACAUACAUAUUUAUUGGUGUAUUUUUCAAUGUUAGUAAACAUAAAAAUAAAACAAAUACAAGUAUCGAUUAAUUUUUGUGAAAUGUAGAUUAAAAAAUUUCAAUAUCAAUUAAUCACACAUUAUCAUUUAAAAAAAUUAAUAUUAAAUUGACAUUCUAAAAUGAGUAUGUGAUUAAAUAAAACGGAAACUUGUGCCUAAAAACAAGAAGAAGUGAAAGUGAAAAAGCAAUUAGAAAACAAAAAUUUUGAUAUUAAGAAGUAAAAAAUACUUUAAUUUUUACUCUACAUUGUGUGAUGGAUUCUUUCUAACUAAAAUUUCUAAACAUAAAUUAUUAGAAAAGGGAAAAUACAAACAAAAUUUUUUUAUUUUACCAUAAGAGUGGCGUUCAUUUGAGGGCGCAAACAAAGUAAAACCUCAGACAAUAUAAAAAAAACAACAACAAAAAAAUAGGAAAAAUUUAAAUAAACACACUGGAGAAUUGGGCAUAAAUAAAAGUCGGAGGAGGAACAUUAUUUUUUUUAUAUUUUUAAUUUUUUUUUUUUGGUUUUUUAAUUUUCCACAAUAAUAAUAAUAAGAAAAAAACAAAUUCAAAAUGGGAAAUUCAAGUACCAAAUUAGCUGAAAAAUGUUCCUUAUUAACGCGUGAUGAAGUUCCAGUUGUUGCUAAUUCAUUUAAAUUUGUUAGUAAAAACUCAGAUAGAAUAAAAGAAGAUGAUCUCAUGAAAUUUUGGGGUUCACAAAUGGAUCCGCGUCUAGCACAAUAUAUUACAAAUUUUUUAUUUGGACCUUUAGGAUCACGUUCAUCAGUCGUAGAAUUUCAACGUUUUGCUGAAUUAUAUGUAUAUUGUGUUAGAGGUACUAUUGAUGAAAGAAUAUCAGUGUUAUUAUCAAGUUUAGGACAGCAAGAAACUGAUCAUCAAUCAGAUAUAGCUUAUCCUUUAAUUAAAGAGUAUGUUGAAGCGGUUGUAAGUAGUUAUAUGCGUGCAUUAAGAUUACAAUCUGGUAAUGAAUAUAAAUCAUGGGAAAGUAAAGGUUUUCGUAUUAUUAAAGAAUGUAUACAAAAAUUAGCUGAAAGUUUAGCAUAUGAUGUUGUACAACAAGGUACACAAAAAGUAACACGUGAAGAUGCUGAAAGAUGGUUACAACAGAAUCCAACAUUUUUAAGAAUGCUUGAAGAAGUUUUUAUACAUUUAUAUAAUUAUAGAGCAACAAAAAGUCCACAAGAUGAAGGUGUUAUAAUGAGAGUAUCACCUGGUGAAGAAAAAGGACCAUUAUUACCAUUUUGUGAAGGAUUACAAUACGUUCCUGAUUAUCCAGCUUUUACAGAUAUAUCACAAAUGCUUUUUAUUAAUUCAAAUUUACCAGCUCAAUUUCGUACUAAAUGGAGAUUUUUAUUUUCAUCACAAAUUCAUGGUGAAAGUUUUUCAACAUUAUUAGGACGUAUUAUGGAUCAAGGUCCAACUGUAUUAAUUGUUGAAGAUUCAAAUGGUUAUAUAUUUGGUGGUUUUGCACCAGAUUCAUGGUCUUUAAGUCCAAAUUUUGUUGGUAAUGAUACUAGUUUUAUAUUUACAUUGCGUCCAAAAAUGAGAUGUUUUCCAACAACUGGUUAUAAUGAUCAUUAUCAAUAUUUAAAUUUACAUCAACAAACUAUGCCUAAUGGAUUGGGAAUGGGAGGACAAUUUAAUUAUUGGGGCCUAUGGUUAGACAGUGAAUAUGGUCAAGGUGAAUGUUCAGAAUCCUGUACCACAUAUAAAAAUUAUCUUCAAUUAAGUAUAAGUAAACAAUUUAAAAUUCGUAAUAUAGAAGUAUGGGCUGUCGGUGAAAAACCAACCAAUGAAGAUGAAGAGGUUGAUGAAAAUCAAACCACUGUAUUGAAAUCAUAUAAAGAAGAUCAAGCAUUCUUAGAAUUAGCUGGACGUCAAUGUUAUUCGGAUGGUUUUAAGGAAACGGAACCGACAACAUAAUUAAUAUUUGACCCUUUUAAUUUAAUUUAAAUAUGAAUAAAGCUUAAAUAUUAUUAAUUGUUAUAUAAAAAAAUAUUAUGAAUUUAUUUCUUUAAAUAAGUUAUAAAAAUCAAAAACAAUAACUGAAAAACUGGAAAUUAUAUAAGGUUUAAUUAAAAAAAUUUUUAAUGAUUAUGUU